AUGUUCAAUACUGUGACUAAUUCUUCCAGAAAAUGUAUGGAAUCAUUGUACCGAACCAGAGUUUUGAAAACACUAACUAAUUCAAAUGUUAUCAGCUAUCGAACUCAAAUGAGUUUUAGUUCAGUGGCAGACAAGGAAGAGUCUUCAACCUUCCUGUCUGCAAGUAACCAACUCCUGAAAGAUACAGAUCCAGAAAUGUGGGAGCUUAUAAAUGCAGAAAAACAACGUCAAAUGUCAUAUCUGGAAUUGGUUGCUUCUGAGAAUUUCACAAGUCGUGCUGUAUUGGAAUGCAAUGGAAGCUGUUUGACUAAUAAAUAUGCUGAAGGUUAUCCCAAUCAACGUUUACCAUUCCUCUGGUUUAUCUGUACCCUGUCUAUAGGCACGCCAGCUCUGACAUCACGAGGUUUCUUAAACAAAGACUUUGAAAAUGUCGCCAAUUUAAUUGAAGAAGUUUUGAAACUUACAUCUGAUGCGAAGAGAGUCACGGAUGACAUUCAAAAAUUUUCAAUGGCCGUCAAAGAAAGUCCACAUCUGAGAUUUCGAAUCCAACAACUACGUCAGUCAGUAUCAGAUUUAGCUUUGAGCUUCCCGAUGCCUGGUCAUUAUGAUAUAUGA